AUGGCUACAAUGGAAACAACUACACAAGAAGAUACUGAUCUUUUCAAGGCUGGCUUAAAAAAGAAAAUAGGUACUCUCAAUGGGACAAUACCACAGAGUGCGAGAGAUUUGGAAGUCGUACAAACAGAAGAUAAUGACAAAAUGGAAGAUGCCGGCGCCACUACUAUAGGUUAUAUUUCAAUUAAAGACUAUGCAUACGAGGAUUCAAAUCCACUCCAUUAUGGUUAUUUUGAUGGGGACAAUGAGGAAUAUGAAAUGGUUUCGGACUCUUCAAAUACAGAUGAUGAAUACAAUAAAAGACAAAGUAUAACAUUACCGGACGACUAUAUAGUUAAUCAGCGUGCCGUGGCCCUGUACGAUUUCGAACCUGAAAAUGAUAAUGAACUGAAAUUAACCGAAGGAGACAUCGUAUUUAUCAGCUACAAGCAUGGGCAAGGCUGGCUGGUAGCGGAAAAUGAGUCAAGGUCAAAGACGGGAUUGGUGCCGGAGGAAUUUGUAUCUUAUAUACAGCCGGAAGAUGGGGAGGAAGAGCAGGAGGACACAGCUCGACCCUUUUAUUUAACGCAUUUGAUUACACAAAGCGUCAAUCCUGAAAAAAAUAAUAGUAACAAUGACAAAAAUGAUGAUGAUGAAUGGGAAGACAUCGAUGAUGUUGCAGAUGUCGAAACAGAUGUGAGAACAAAAUUGAAUAUAUCGAAUUGA